UUGGAGCCUCAGCAUCACAAAGAUGUUCCUCGCAGCCUUGAUAAAAGUGAUAGCUACAACCAAACUGUAAUAAACCACAGUAUGAGAUUUUGUGAUAUAAACCCAGCGGAAUGUAAUCUGACAAUGGAGGAACUGCUCUUCAAGUACCUGGGACCCCGUAGAUCCAACUACUUCACUCCAAUUUGCAUAAUCUACCUUAUUGUCUUUUCAGUUGGUGCCAUUGGAAAUACCUUAACUUGUAUUGUAAUUUUCAAACACAAGAUUAUGAGAACGCCUACAAAUUACUACCUUUUCAGUCUUGCCAUCUCAGAUUUGUUGGUUCUGCUUUUGGGAAUGCCUUUGGAACUUUAUGAACUCUGGAGUAAUUACCCAUUUCUCUUUGGGAAAGGUGGAUGCUCAUUCAAAACUCUUCUAUUUGAGACGGUCUGCUUUGCUUCUAUCCUAAAUGUGACGGCACUCAGUGUGGAAAGAUACAUAGCGGUGGUUCAUCCUCUUCGUGCUAAGUAUGUUGUCACAAGGAACCAUGCCAAGAGAGUCAUUAUCUCUGUGUGGGUUUUGUCUAUUCUGUGCUCAGUACCCAACGCCAGCCUUUUUGGCACUUACGAUCUUUAUGUAGCUGGUUAUGGAACAAUACCUAAUUCUACCAUAUGCACUUUGGUUCGUCCUAGGUGGAUUUACAAUCUUGUUAUUCAGAUUACCACCAUUUUUUUCUUUUUCCUACCAAUGUGUACCAUAAGUGUCCUGUAUCUGCUCAUCGGUCUCCAACUUAAGAAGGAGAAGAUGCUUCAAGUAUUAGAAGCUAAAUCCGGGGGAGAUGGAGAUAGUUACCAAAAUGUUAGGCUACAGCAAGAGAAAAGCCGAAGGAGACAAGUCACUAAGAUGUUAUUUAUCCUGGUGGUGGUGUUUGGGAUCUGCUGGGCACCUUUCCACACUGAACGACUGAUGUGGAGCUUCAUUAUUAACUGGACAGAUAAAAUGCAUGAAAUGUUCAGCUUUGUCCAUGUUAUCUCUGGAGUAUUCUUUUAUCUUAGUUCGGCAGUUAACCCAAUUCUGUACAACUUACUCUCUACACGUUUCCGCGAGAUGUUUAAAGAGGUCAUGUGCCAUGGAAGGAAGAAGAGGCUUGGUUCUCGGAGGUCUUCUCCCAGCGUUACUCGUGUCACCACACGGAGCACGGUUUGCGAGCAUGUUCCAGGAAAUGGACUUCCCUUUGCUGAAGUGGAUGAAUUUGAUGUGUAUGAAGAAUCUGAGAAUGUGGCCAAAAAUGAGUCAUCUUAUUCCUGAUUUCCUCUAUCUAGAGCCAUCACUUUCAUUUUACACUGGAUAGUAAACUCUAAUGCACCUACCAACUUUACAGACUGCUGUUGCCCCCACACAUACAUUUUCAAUUCAGUGCGAGCACU